GCGCUAGACUUUUUUUUCAUGAACGUUGAACUUUGACCCCAUGACCCCGUCACAGAAGAAAGAAAACACAGUUUUCUGCAGCGGCAGACAAGUGCAAGUCAUCAAGUCAGUUCAAGGCAGCCUCGCCUCAUAAGACAAUUUACUGGCACCGUACAUGAGAUUCUAGAGGCCUACGGCUGUGUAAGUGUAAGAAGUCUGAAAAGUGCCUCCAGGUCUGAUUCUCCUGCCUAUCCUCAGCAGACUAAUUGCUUGCAACUGCAGAAGCUCUUCAUCGUGUGCUGUUGUUUAUUAGUUUCUUUUAUUUUUGGCUUUUGGGGCUUGAGUUGGUUCUGUCGAAUCAGUUCACAAGCUGACCUUGCCGUCUACAGUCAAGUCAGGUAUUCCUAGUCACCAACAAGUAGGAGAGGAGAAUGAAUCCACAACUGAAGAAUCUUGCCUCUAUUGUGAGGAGGACAUCUCAUGUCGUCGGUGCACUGAGACAGGGGUCUCUCAAAAGUCAGAACUUUGUAAGAUGUGCUGGAUCCCAAGCAAACUCUGGCAGUGGAAAACCCAUCUCAAGAUUUCCUGUACCUGACCUUGAUUCUGUACCUGAGGAUCUGAGACAGUUAAUGCAAGAAAAUCUUGAUAAGGCUGGCUUUAUCCCGAAUGUCUUUCAAACAUUAUCACACAGACCUGCUGAGUUGAGGGCAUUUGUUGCCUACUAUGAAGCAGUGAUGAAUGACAGAGAGGGAGGUAACAUCAGUAAGGCAGACAAAGAGUUGAUCAUAGUUGCUGUCAGCGCUCUCAACCAUUGCCGCUACUGCAUCAUUGCCCAUGGUGCAUUGUUCAGGAUAUUCUCAAAGCAUACCACUUUGGCAGAUCAGGUGGCAGCUAAUUGGAAAACAGCAGACCUAGACGACAGACAGAGAGCCAUUCUAGAGUUUGCCUUGGAAGUUGCCCAGUGCCAACCAUUACAAGAUUCUCAUUUUCAAGCUCUCUACCAGCAAGGUCUGAAUGAGGAAGAUGCCUGGGAUAUUGGAGCUGUUGUAGCUCUGUUUUCUUUGUCCAACCGAAUGGCUUUUCUCACUGAAAUGGCGCCUAAUGAAGAGUUCUACAUGUUGGGCAGAAUUCCUAAGAAACCCAAAGAAUAGGUCAAUGAUAUAGUCUGUUCAAAACCCAGGAGCUGGAUGUUUGUUGAUGUUGAUAUUGUGCUCAAAUUCAGUAACAAAUUAUACAGAUCUGUGCAUUAAUUGAUAAUAGAUUUGUUCUUGUAUGAGAGUUUAAACUUUUGUGAGCCUUUUGAAUUUCAUAUGUGUGUGCCAUAGGUACUUUAUUUAUGUACCAACCAAAUUGAAUUGGUUGUCAGUGAAACAAAAUACACAAAAAUGGACUGCUUUUGUCUUUUUGACUUUAUUAUGGUAUAACCAUCUAGAAGUUGAAAUCAUGUUUGUUUGCCAAUAUAAUGUCUAUGAAUUCUUACAAUUUAUCCUGAAACUUGUCUGAUAAAAUGUAGCAUUUCUGUCUCAUGUAAGCACUGAAGCAGACUCCAUCCGAAUGUUUAUUUCAGACUCAUUCUCUCUCUGUGUGUCAAUAUUUAAACUGUAGCUGGUAAGGUAUGGGAUGGGACCAUCAAUAUAUUUCAUGCACCUAAAGUUGGUGAUUUUUUAUAGUUAAUCCUAGAUUUGUAGAGAAGAGGGUACUUAACUCACCCAUUUUAGUUUGCUUUGUUUUACUAAGCAGUGCAUUCAAUCACUUUAGGAAUAUGAUAUUGUGUUGAUCAUUUUUACUUAUGUUUUUUGGUUAGUGGAAUGUUACAGUUAGCGUCUAGGUGGCUAAAUAAACAGAGAAUAUAAUAUGUUUGUCUAAAUAUAGCAUGCUUUUGACUUCGUUCAUUUAUUUUUGUAUAUUCACAAUAUGAACCAUUUGCUGUGUAGGAAAUCUUUUUUUUUACUUAUAAUUAUACAGACUUUUAUCAUGGU